UGCCCCUGAUGAAUAAUGUGAUGAUGAUGUUUUGCGCUGCGCAAACGAUGGCCUAAUUUCCAUUGUGGGCGGGAGUCGGGACGCGCACGUUUGGCAGCCAAGCACAAUUUCGCGAGGAGAAGAAGACAAAAGCGCUGCGUGGGCGCGCGGCAGUCGUGCGAAACUAGUGCCAGCGCGACUUCACGCAUUGCCCUUCGCGACACCACCCUUCAGCCCUGCAGCCAGCCAACCCGGUCGUCCUCCCGGCAGGGCUUCAAUCAGAAGCAACACGCGACACAGGGCAAAGCGCAUGUUGGGCUCCCAGAAACCACUACUCCUUCUCCCCGCGACGCAGCCACGUCCCCUACAAAUCAUGCACCAUGGCCGAAACUGCCUCCCCGCCCCCGAACGCGCCCUCGCGCUAUAGAUCGCAACGCCAGCGAAAUGCGCCCGUCGAAGGAGACCCUGUGGUUCCGCCCCUCCCCAGCUCUCCGGGCGCGGAAGACAGCGAACUCGUCCGCAGCAAAUCGCGCUACCACCGGAAGCAAGCCCCCGCCGCGACAACGACCACCUCCCCCGAGACAAGGCCGGUGACGCGAGACCAGCAUGGCGAGACGCCGUCGCGGUACCGCAGCAAGCACCGUAGUCCGCCAUUGAAGCCACUCUACCAGGAGCAGGUCGUGCAGGCUCCACGACUGCAACAAACGAGAACUACUUCGAGCGAGAACAACACCAAGACACGACACAUAACUACGCCUCCAGCAGGACUGGGCGCACAGGAAUCCAGACACUUUAGCAGCAGCGGCGAUGAGCGGGACUCAGACGCAGACAAGCGACAGCACUCCACAGACACAGCCCCUAAAUCGAGACACAGCGACCAGCGACAGCCCAUUCCGACCUCAGUUCCAGCUUCAAUGCCCUCUCCUACGGGUGAGCUCUUCCCGCGCCCCAUGGAAGUCGAACCUCCCCGGGGUGACGGCCCACCGCAAUCAGGCCAAAUAAGAGCAACGAACAGCAUGGCCGAUAUGUCGCAUUAUAGCGAUGAGGAUAGGGGGUGUUUCGGUGGCUUGUUCAAACGCAAAAGAGGCGAUAUGGCAGUGCCAGCUGUCGAAAAGUCCAAUCACACUUCACCUGCCGCUGCGAAAUCUCAUGAGCCAAUUCGUCCAGGAGGUGGUGGGGUGGUGCCGGGCAUCGAUGCGCCCAAGUCGGCUGUGAACGCUGGUGACCGAAGAGUUCUUGUGGAGUGUCAAUCUUCUCAGAGAUGGUUUGCUGUGACGCCGGAGACUACAUCAGUGGACAUUAUCAAGACUGCAGCCACUGUCAUGUCUGAGCGCAUUGACAUCAAGUCUGCAUUGCUGGUCGAAACUUUUAAAAGCGUGGGAGUGCAACGCCCGCUCCGGCGAUACGAGCAGAUCAGAGAUGUUCUGAACAGUUGGGAUGACGAUGCGCAAAACAGACUCACACUGGUCGAUCCGGGAUCGGGCACCAUUGAGCCAGAAUUGACGAUAACAGGCGCGCCAAAAGAACGACCAGAAGGUGAUACCUGGCCGCUCAUGUGUUCAACCAGACCCGGAAAGUGGGAAAAGCGCUUUGUGACGUUGAAGCCCGAAGGCCAAAUUGUUUCACACAAGGAUGCAGACAAGCAGAAAGACCUGGUCAAUGUGUGCCACCUCAGCGACUUCGACAUCUACACUCCCACCACGGAAAGGAAGAAGGGCAAAAUAAAGCCACCUAAGAAGUAUUGUUUCGCAAUCAAGAGCCAGCAGAAGACCAGCAUGUUCGAGUCCACGCAGGAUUUUGUGCACUUCUUCUGCACGGGAGACCCAGUGACGAGCGAUAAUUUUGCCAAGACCGUGCAGAGCUACCGCAGCUGGUAUCUGGUAAACGUGCGCGGCGUUGGUCAGAAGGAGAAGCCGGCCGCGGCACCUCCAACUCUUCCACCGCUGAGUUCCGGAGAUGCCAACACCCGUAGCACAAGCAUUGAGUACAAGAAGAGCCAUCGUCCGCAAGAGUCUAUGGAAUCGCACUAUCAGCUCGGUUCUUUUAGGCCUUUGAUGGAUGCGGAAGCCUUCGAGAAGCGUCGCUCAUCAGGAGGAUCGGAAACAGGCAUGGCGGGCUCAGGGGGCUUCACAAAAUCUGCGAACCAAUUUGAUACUAGCGUUCCGCUCGAGAAGCGAAGCAACACUGUCAAGCGAUCGCAUCCACCUGGCGCCAUGGCGAAUCGUGGCGUGCUUGCUGAAGACGAGCCAUUGGCAAAUCUGGGCCGAAGCGCAUCUGUCAGUAAAACAAGACCGUCAUCGGACCAGAAGCGGAUUGACAGUUCUGAAUUCAAGGACACCGGUCUCCUCGGGAGGAAUUACUCUCAGAGACGGAAGGAGAACGAGCAGCGUGAAACAGCCUUCACAACCGGUCCCAACUUAUUGAACGGCGGUCUCAUGGGUCGUGACGACUCAUUCGGCAGUGGCGACGGACUGCAGAGAAGGACAUCCACAAGGAAGCACACCAGUAACGGCGAACUCAAGCGCAGCGGCUCCACUCGUGACCAUCAUCGAAGUGGGGGGCAUGUGCGUGAAGGCUCGAUCGAGCUUGGGAGAUCAAGCUCAAGAAGAGAAAAGCCGAAACCACUGGUUGACCUGACGCCGGCAUACAAGGAGCCACCUCAACACAAGAACAAAGGAAAAGGACACAAGCCCGAUCGGCUUGGAAACGGAGGACUGAUCGAAGCCGCGACGUCACCUGAGGAUCCACUCAAUAUACCACAGGGCACGGUCUUCAGACACACAAGCGGAGGUCAGCAAAGCCAAAGAGUAACAUCUGGACAGCAAAGCUCAGGACUUAUCGAUUUGACGCCUCAGCACAAAGAGCCGAUACAUCACGCACGCAAAGGCAGAGGCUAUGUUCCGGAGAGUGGCGGCCACAAUGGCGGUCUCGUUCACAGUGCCUCGACGCCAGAGGACCCCCUAAACUUACCACAAAACCACGUCUUCCGCAGUGCGCCAGAAGGCCGAAGCACCUCAGGGGGAUUCUCGCAACCUCAAGCCUCGCAGUCCCUACAACGAGGUCCAUCGGUCCGUAAACCUCAAGCAGAAGCUUUCACGGGCGAAGGUCUCCUUGCUUCUGCUGCCAACCGACAAGGCUGGGGAACGAGCGAUAAGGGUCGAGGCGUGAUUGAUGGAAGCCGCGCGGGAGGCAAGCCCCUGGUCGAUAUCAACUAUGAUAGCAAUUACGCGAAGGGCACGCUGUUGAACAAAGUCGAGAAGUCACAGGGCGGUCCUGUGCAAGCCCCCAUCAUUGAUCGGGAGAAGAGGGAUGAGGUUGAUAUCAAAGUGGGAGAGAGAUUUUGAAAAGAGGGGGCCACUUGUUUUCGUUUUUGUUCUUUUGCAUUUCGUGCAUUGCUUAUCAGCGGCAGCAAAUUUUUCUUUCUCGUUUCUUUCCGUGUGUUAAGGUGCAAGGCCCGGGAUGGCCAUUCUGCAAAAGAGAAGGGGCAUACCAUUUUUUGCGGUCGAGAGGAAUUUUCGCUUCUUCCUACUUUUUUUGUUCCUCGAUACUAUAUACUAUGUCUCGUACAAGGAGGUUUCUUUUCCAUUGUUUGAAUAUACUCAACGGCAGUAACUCUGAUACUCAGUCAGGACAAAUAUGGCAUAUAGCUAAGAUAAUGCUUGCUUGCUUGCUCGGAG